AUGGCUAGUCAUGUCCGUCAUGCCCUUGCGUUUCAGGUCACAUGCACAAGUGCUAAUCCCUUUACCUCGUUUCUCACUCCGCGCGCUGCAUGCGAUGGCAACACUGCUAGUUCCCGAUCGGAGUGGUGCGACCUUUCCAUCGACACGGACUACACCAAAACCGUGCCGGAUACCGGCGUGACGCGCACCUACUACUUUGACUUGGCAGAAGUCACUGUCGCCCCUGAUGGAGUUGAGCGCUUCGCAAUGGCUAUCAAUGGUAGCAUUCCUGGCCCAGCCAUUGUCGCCGACUGGGGUGACACGGUAGUGGUCCACCUGACAAACUCGCUCUCGACAUCGACGAACGGCACAUCGCUCCACUUCCAUGGCAUCUGGCAGCGUAACACCAACCAGAACGACGGUGUUGCCUCCAUCACGCAGUGCCCUACCCCUCCCGGGUCUUCCAUAACGUAUACAUGGCGUGCUCUCCAGUAUGGCUCAACCUGGUAUCACUCUCACUUCGCGCUUCAGGCGUGGCAGGGUGUCUUUGGCCCCAUUGUCAUCAACGGGCCGGCAACGGCAAACUACGACGAGGACCUGGGUCACGUAUUCUUGAACGACUGGGACCACUCCACCGUAGACGAGCUGUACCAUCAGGCGGAAAGCCAAGGCCCACCAGUCCUCGACAAUGGGCUGAUCAAUGGCAUGAACGUCUUCGGCGAGGAUGGCGAUGAAUCCCAGACCGGACAACGCUUCAGCGUAUCUGUUGCCGAGGGAUCUUCGUAUCGGCUGAGACUCGUCAACGGCGCAGUCGAUACGCACUUCCGAUUCUCCAUCGACAACCACACCAUGCAGGUCAUCGCUAUGGAUCUCGUGCCAAUUGUUCCCUAUGUCACUGAUGGUAUUAGUAUCGGAAUGGGCCAACGCUAUGACAUUAUUAUCACCGCGAAUCAGUCUUCUGUGGCUUCGGACUUCUGGAUCCGCGCGAUUCCACAGUCUGCUUGCUCAGAAAACGCUGCCGAGGACAACAUUCGGGGAAUCCUGCACUACGGCGAUUCCACUGGCACUCCCACAACCACGGGAUUCGCCUAUGUCGAUGCAUGCGCCGAUGAGGACACUACUGACCUGGUUCCUUACUUGCCCGCAACUGUGGGCGACGACGCAACCUGGAACCUCGGCGAGGGUGUCUCUGUCGGCUUGAACGCGGAAAACCUGUUCCGGUGGUACCUGAACAGCACCACCAUGUUGGUCAGCUGGGACAACCCGACGCUGGAACGUAUCGCGAUCGAUGGAGAGGCUGCCUCUGAUUUCGCGGCCGACGACGCGCACAGCGAGGGCGACGGCGUCAUCAUGCUCGACGACGCCGACGCCUGGAUCUACCUCGUCAUCAGCACCACCAUGUCUGUGCCGCAUCCUAUCCACCUGCACGGCCAUGACUUCUUCAUCCUCGCCCAGGGGUCCGGCACAUACAGCUCCAGCACCGUCGCGCUCAACAUGGCCAACCCCCCGCGCAGAGACACCGCGAUGCUCCCUGCCAGCGGUCACCUCGUGCUCGCCUUCCAGACCGACAACCCGGGCGCGUGGCUCAUGCACUGCCACAUCGGGUGGCACACCAGCGAGGGGUUCGCGCUGCAGUUCAUUGAGCGGUACAGCGAAAUUAGCGCUCUCCUCGACAAAGACUCCCUGCAAGGCAACUGUGAUGCAUGGGGCAACCACGCUGCGACAUCGCGCGUUGUGCAGGAUGACUCUGGCGUCUAG